AUGAACCAAGAAAACAAGAAUAAAUUCACUUUCCCACCGGAAAGCGAAAUAAAAAAAGUCUUACAAAGAGGUAGUAAACCAAAUUUCCGCCGAGUCAAUAUCGGUCUAACUGCGAACGCUACCCCUGUGGAAAGAACCAAAUAUAAUCUCUGUAAAACUAUUUUGCGUUACAAGCAUGAUCAAAAUUUGCGCACAGAAGACUUGGCGCAGCAAUUAGGUCUCAGUUUAGUGAAAACCGACGAGAAAAAGCUACUGCCAAAGCCUACUAAUUUAUAUUUGGGAACUUGCCAGGUAACAAUUAACCGCCAACAAUUUACCAAAUUAGAAAUCAGUCCUUAUUAUCAAAAACACAACCAAGAAUAUAUUGAUGCCCUAGAAAGAAAAGGAAUUAAAUUAACUCCCAGCGAAUUAGCCGAAAGUUUAAUAACUAACGAACUAAUCGAAAAAGUUUUAGUCCCGCAAUUAGAUGGUGAAGAAGUGGAGCCUGAUGGUGACCAAUAUUAUCAAUAUACUUAUUAUCACUUCGAACCAGUUUCUCGGGAAAAUGGCAAAGCCUAUCGUUUAGUUUGA